CUUGGCGGGUAAAAGCUCUGGUAUCUCCACAUUCAACAACUCGACCAUCACACCUACAAAACAAACGGACAGCAGCUAUGCAUCAGAGAACAUCUCUUAUAUGGAGUAAUUAUUAUCACUGUGCUAAACUCACUCGAUGCGACAUAUCUUAUUCAUUAGUUUACUUUUAGCAGAGCACCGGGUAUGACGCUCCCUAACGUUUGGCACCAUCGCAAGGUGGCCGAAACAGCAGCACAAUCAUGCGAUAUAUGCUAUAAACCAUCCUCUAGCGUAUUGGUUACUCCGGAUAAACAGGAUUACUUCUACGUCUGCCCUAUCCAUUUGAAGGACCGUGGGUUUUGUUCGCCCAUUAUAGACGAGGAGGAGGUUGCAGCGAAGAAGAGGAAAGAGGAAAUGGACAAGGAGAUUGAGAAAGUGAAGCAAGAGUACGAGGAAAAAAUGAAACGGAAGAAGCCAAAGAGUAAGGACAAGAAGGAUGGCGGUGAUAAGAAGGACAAGAAGAAGGACGAAGCGGAUGGAGAAGAUGAGAAGGCGGAAAAGGAGAAGGAUGAGAAGAUUAAAUCUAUCCAGAAUAGCGGAACAGAGACACGCACAGACGAUGGACCCCGCAUUUUCUCUCUCCACAAGAAUUUCUACCGGAUGCGUAUUGACCGUAUGCGCAACAUGGAGAUCGCGAGACGUAAUCGUGAACGUCUGAAGAAUCCCUCCUUGUUCCCUUCAGCCCCGAAAACGGAUUUAUGAAAUAAUUAGCCAGCACGUGCUCUGCAGUAACCGGAUCCGCGGUUUCAUCCCCUCCAUUGAAGCGCGAAACAGGUGAAGCCACGUUCACGACAGUGCAGAAUACGAGCAAACGCGCAGCUUUGUUUACGAACUACUCCGUAGUUAUGCAUUGAAAAGACCCUUUCCUAUUUCGUCAGCUAAAAUCCCCCCUACCGGGUUCUGUCAGCCCUUUUUUGUAUUUAGUAGUUUCAAGCGACUGGCGUUCGCCUGUCGGCGCUAAAAGAGCAGUGGUAAAAAAGGAAGCUACUGUGACAUGGGCGUGGACAGGGCCUAGCUACGGUAACAACGUCAAGGCACUUCACCCGGACACUGAACGGAAUCAGUUCAAUUCUUCAGGAGAGUCGAGCAAACGUCAUACCAAGGGGCUAGCUUCACUCUCCGGCUAGGAAAACUAUUUCGAAGGUCAAUCAUUAUUGGAUGAACAUGGGGCUGGAAGGAUCCUUACCCGUUCUUGGAUGCUGAGUAACUGCAUCUACACUACUGGGAUGAUCGAUUGCUCUUGGAAGGGAUUACCCAGCUCUUUGUCAUGGUUCAGUUGGCACUGGGGUAAGCCCUAAAUGGCAGCUCGGCUCCCUCAAUCGAGUGAUUUUCUUUGCAAGGGGCGGGGAUGAUUGGAACAAGGAUGAGGUCGAUCGUGGUACAUGGAGCUAGAAAGGAUAUGUAUCUCAUUAACCGUCACAGCGUACCAAAUACCUUACCGUAAUCUCAUCAGCCUCCCUGCUGUUACGAUGGAUAAAUGACAGCUAGUCCCUCGGUAACGAACGCAAACUCUCGAGGGCAAAGGAUGAAAGCCACCAGGUCGUCAAAGCCAAGCGAGACGUUCUUAUUUACGGAUUCAGGCCCUCAGAACUUCCCAGCUGGAUCAUGAUAAGUUAAGACAUAGGGCUUUGCCCACGUGCGCAGUACAUAUUUACAUGCGCAACCUGCCCACAGCAUAACCGGAACGUAUAACAAUGUGCCCUUGGAGAGCAAGCUCUAAUCGAAAACGGUGCCCUCAUCAUAUCCAAUUUCUGCUUUAGGAUAAAUGACUAUUCGAAAAGCUGGUCGCUUCCGGACGCUUACCGCUUACUUCAUUCCAUUCCGCGCGACAUGACUUCAAUUACACCCUCAAGGAAGCGGCGCUAAAUGGUACCUUUAUCGGAUACGCGCACGCAUCGUCCUAGGCAACGCUGACCCCACACACGUUUGUAAAGUAGUUGAACGAUUCGCCCCACGGUUUCAUGAUCCUGAACACCGUAAACGAACGCGGAGCCGAAUUACCACGCUGAUUCGUUGCAGUUUGGUAGGGCAAGCGUUAAGCAUGAUAUCCCAGGCUGGUCUCAGUUAGCGGCGGCUAUUCUUUGCUCCUUUUCACACCCAGGUUGCAUUGCAGCAGUUGGUAGAUCUCUCGGGUGGGGUUUGUUGAGAACGCCCUAUUACAUGAUAUAUUACCCUCGUUACAUCUAGGAUAUUGGAGCCCUGGUUAGUUUUGACGCUGGUGGUGAUAAACGUUUGGUAUGGAAGAUAUUUUGAAAUACUUAUACUUUACAUGACAUGCUUAACAUGCUACCCGGCGUAUUAUUAUGACCUGGAUCUGACGUAUUGUACCCCUUUUUCCAGCCUUACUAGUUACCUAUUUUCUGACAGUACGAGUUCCCGUUGUUCUGGGCUUCCUCCGUGUUCAGCUCGGCUACAUAAAGCACUUCCAAGGCACUCCAGGGCCAGACACAACGCUUUUCUUUCUAUUUACCAAUCCGCCAGCACCGUAAGUUAGAUCUCAGAAAAGCGUGAGAGAGCCAUUAUUUGUUUGGUCUUCGCGUCAAAGCAAGGCCCGGCCCGCCCGGGUUAUGCGAUUUACUUCUGUGGCAUUUGUCCGAAUCGCCGUGGCGGGAGUUCGCCCGAGUAAAUCCGUAGUUUCGUCAGUGUGACAUGAUGGCCUUGUUUUGUUGCUUUUCAGGCCCGCCAGUCUAGUCUGCUGUAACUUCGUUCCGUUCGGCUUUCUCACAAAAGGAAAAAAAAAAAAAAAAAAAAAAAAAAAAAAAAAAAAAACCAGGCAUAAUCUCACCCGCAUUAUAUCAAUAUUCCCGAGCCUGGUUGCGGACGGUGGAACGUUGAAUCCUCUGAAAAUUGCAAGGAUGUUAAUUCAGACAAUAAUCACUCGGUAGAGAGUUUACGAUUUUUACUCCGCUUGUACGGCUAUUGUUUACCAUGUCACGACCUAUGAUAUGUCUCUGUUCCUUCUCCUUUGCUCUCCGUUUCGUUCCUGGUUUUCCUUUCCUACGUGUUUGACCAAGCUUAUUUCUUAGAAGCCCUGCCGGAGUAUUCUACAAAACGGGAUCGGAGACGAGGAAAGAGGACAGUCCACGGAGGAGCCGAAAAUAAGCAGCAAAGUCGACAGGAGAAACAAAAGUGGAUGAUAUAAAAUUGAAAAUAUAGAUUAAUGUUGUGUGCGUGAACUCUAAGUAAAACGGCUGUCUAAUUGGACGUACGUGGCUCCCUUUAGAAGGCUGACGCUGAACAACUGCUUCGGUGAUGAUGCAUUCAAAUCGUGUGCAGCAGAUGUAAAAAAGGUAACCAGCAGCAAAGGACGUAAUUUUUCGAAGUAAUUGAUCGAUUUGUAAUGGCAAGUCGCGUGCACAAGCAGAAGAAACGAGUGCUAGCCGGAAGAUUCAACGCUCGAGCUCUUAAGAAACGCGUUGUCCUUUGGAGCCUGAGGCGCCGCAAAGUCAGUCAAUUCUCUAAGUUUCCUUUCUUCUUCUUGAGAUCAAGGACAGCUUGAACGGCCCUUGGGACGACCUGCUGAUCAUCCUCGCGCGCCAGCUUUGCCGCGGCCUCGUGAAGAGGCAACCAGUGAAGCUCAAAAUCCUCCCAUGCCUCCUGUGUGCCCACGACUGGCAGCUCCGUGGAAUCAGCCGAAGCCAGGUACCAGAAAAUAAUCCGGUGUGGACCACUACCCCUGCGUUGCUGGACGGCUAGUGGCUCUUUAUGGGCGUGUGAGACGUUGUAAUCUGGUGCAAGGGUCACAAGGUUGUGGGGUAAGAUACGGCAUUUGUGGCCGGAUUCUUCGAACGUCUCGCGGAUCGCAGCGUCUUCGAGACUUUCGCCGACAUUUUUGCGGCCCUUGGGGAGAUGGUAUUGCCGCCUUUUGCGACAGUAAAGGAGGAGCACCAGGUCCUUCGCGAGGUCGAUGGAGACUGUUCCACAGCCGAUGACGAACUCUUCAGAGAAAUGUAGGGAGGUGAAUUCGUCCGGCAUAUCCUUAUUCUGCUUCCCUGUCGGGCGGAAGGAGUGUUGUUGGAAAAUGGAAUUCUCUUUUACAGGAUAAGAUGCAGUAGCUGGUCCCAAGGCUAGACGCAUCCCUGUUGUUUUUGGGAUGUGAGAUGUAAGAUGAUCCGUUGCACAACAUGCCUUAGCAAGAAAUGAGGGUUUUGUGUUUUGCUUCACAAGUAGAACCAUGGGCUAUGACAGCAUCAAGCACUUCCCCUCCGUGGCAUCCUGCUACCUGAUGAUGGCGGCCGUUGGGGAGAAUUCUCUAGGUUGAGGAUGGAACACGUGCCGGUGCAUAUCUAGGUUAAAACAGGUUAGGCUAACAUAGCUGGUAGCCCUGGUCUUUUCUUGGCGAUAGGGCUGGCGUGUUUUCUGCAGGCAACGAACGGGCUGAAGUGGCGCAUCUCGUUCGUAUCAGGAUCCAAGCAGAAAAAGGAACUGUUUUAUGGCUCAGCGCGAAGGAAUCGCCAGCUGCUGGUAUUUCUGCUGCCACAGACUUAGAUGGUUGGUUGAAUGAAAAGGUGGCCCCAGAUCUGAUCUUAUCUGCCAUCUUCAACGGCAACUACUAAUCCACCCGAAUACCCAAUUUAAUCUGUAGUAAGGUUCAGUAUCUGAAAGGUUAAUUAUGGCGAUCGAAAAAUUCACCUCUGGCUUGGAUGUAAUCCUGCACCUAUCAUCGUAUUUCUGUCCCCUGUAGUUGGCAUUUUUUAAAGGAAUAUCACUGCGUGGACUGUGUGUCUGAGAGGGAGGAAGCCGUAGGUCGACUAAUCUCCACUCAGACCCGCUCAGUUGGAUGAUU